AUGUCCUGCUCCAGCCUGUGCGUCCCCAGCUGCGGGGUGGCCACCCCGGCCCCUCUGGCUGACAGCUGCAACGAGCCCUGCGUGCGGCAGUGCCCCGACUCCACGGUGGUCAUCCAGCCCCCGGCCUCGGUGGUCACCUUCCCCGGGCCCAUCCUCAGCUCCUUCCCGCAGCAGAGCCUCGUGGGCUCGGCCGGAGCUCCCUACGUGGGAGCCGGCUCCGGGGGUGCCUUUGGGAGCCGUGCCAGCUACGGGGCCCUUGGGGGCUACGGAGGUUACGGAGGCUGGGGCUUUGGAGGCCGUGGUGGCUACGGAGGCUGGGGCUAUGGAGGCCGUGGGCUCUACGGGGGUUGGGGCUGUGGAGGCUAUGGGGGCUAUGGGGGCUAUGGGGGCUACGGCAGCUGUGGCUACGGCGGCUGGAGCAGUGGCCACCGCUACCUCAAUGGCAACUGCUGGCCCUGCUAA